GGGAGGAUGAAACUGCCGAUGGCAGUGCAGGAAACCGAACAGUAGGAGCGACGCAAUGGCUACCGCGACAGCAGUGGCGGCGCAGCUACCAAAGGAUGAGACGCUACGCUGCUGGGAGCGGGAUCAGGCCCAGCUGAAGGCAGAUGUGAUUGAGCAAGAUACAGAGGAAUGGCAAAGCAAUCCCUCCUUUUCUGGGCUGGAAAGAGUUGGAGGGGUGGACCUGUCUUACGUCAAAGGAGAGGACACGAGUGCCUGUGCUUCACUGGUAGUACUCAGCUACCCAGACCUUGAGGUGCUGUAUGAAGAUUGCCGCAUGGUGGUGGUUGAUGCCCCCUACGUGGCAGGCUUCCUGGCUUUCCGAGAAGCCCCUUUCCUUGUGGAGGCUGUGCGACGGCUGGAGGAACGCCAGCCUGGCCUCAGGCCUCAGGUCCUCCUUGCAGAUGGAAACGGCAUCCUGCAUCAUAGAGGGUUUGGCAUUGCCUGCCAUCUUGGUGUGCUCACCGGUCUGCCUUGUAUUGGUGUGGCUAAAAAUCUCCUGCAGGUUGAUGGACUAGCCAACAAUGAGCUGCAUAAGGAACAAAUCCAGGACCUGCAGGCAGGAGGAGACACAUUCCCACUAUUAAGUAUUUCAGGGAGAAUCCUGGGCAUGGCCCUGCGCAGCUACACCAAGAGCACAAAACCUGUGUACAUCUCCGUGGGUCACAAGAUGAGUCUUCAGUCAGCCGUCCGCCUUGUCCACUCCUGCUGCAAGUACCGGGUUCCUGAGCCCAUCCGUCAGGCAGACAUAAGAUCCAGGGAAUACAUCCGGAAGCAUGCAGAGGGCACUUCAGCUGCAUUAUCUCGGCCUGUGAGGAUGAGUGAAGAUGCAGACUCUGAACAAUGAUGUGGCAUCAGGAACAUUCAACAAGAUCUUUUAGUCCAGAUGAGUCGCAGCCCACCCUCCUGGACAGCUUUCUACGGCCACUGUCACCCGUGGGGAAAAUGCAAGUGAGCAUGAGGGAGUAUUUGAGGG